UUUUUUUUUUUAGGUAUGAACGCAGCGUGCGUCUCAUACUGCGAUAUGACAUCGAUGGAUUCAUAUUAUAGCACGUCUACUGCGCAAGGUAGGGAUCACCAGGCGAACCCGUUCAGGACUUUCCCGACCACUGAAACCAAAUACAGCCCCACGUUCGUUCCGGGUAAAGUGCAGCCUUACGGAGAGAAACCCCGGAGUCCUUUCCAGCCGGAGUGCCAGUCGUUGGAUGGCGCUGAAGAGGGCACCUUCAGCAAAUACCAGCUCUUCAUGCAGCGACCGACCUGCAAAACUCCGCCCGAAGGCAGCAAGCUGCACCCGGACGGCGGGCUCAACGGGACGCUCAUUCCCUGCUAUGGAAAAGACAACAGCAGCCUGACAGAGUCUGAGUUGCCACCGAGUGUUGACACUGCUGGGAUGGAAGGCAGCUACCUGAACCUAAAGACACCCGGCGAGAAGGGGCCGAGCGAGCGGCCUGGCUCGGACCUUUCCAGCCCUAUGGACAAAAGCGAGGCUGAGAGCAACAAAGGCAAGAAGAGACGCAAUCGCACCACGUUCACCAGUUACCAACUGGAGGAGCUGGAGAAGGUUUUCCAGAAGACACACUACCCAGAUGUUUAUGCCCGCGAGCAGCUGGCACUGAGGACAGACCUGACGGAGGCUCGCGUACAGGUAUGGUUCCAGAAUCGCAGAGCCAAGUGGAGGAAGAGGGAGCGUUUUGGCCAGAUGCAACAGGUCCGGACACACUUCUCUACAGCAUACGAGCUGCCUUUACUGACUCGGCCCGAGAACUAUGCACAGAUCCAGAAUCCUACGUGGAUCGGGAGCAGCAGUGGGGCAUCUCCAGUCCCGGGCUGCGUGGUGCCAUGUGACUCCGUUCCCUCCUGCAUGCCGCCUCACCCUCACGGUCCUGGAGGCGUUACUGACUUCCUGGGCGUGCCCAGUCCAGGGAGCAGCCACAUGGGACAGACACACAUGGGGAGCCUUUUUGGUGGUCCUGGGAUGGGUGGUGGAAUCAAUGGCUAUGAUCUCAAUGUUGAUCCAGACCGCAAGUCUUCCAGCAUAGCUGCACUGCGUAUGAAGGCCAAGGAACACAGUGCAGCCAUCUCUUGGGCUACAUGAUGUCUCGGCCCAGUCCCACCCUGCCCCCAUAUGGCCCUCUUCCCUGGAGCAGCCGUCAGCGAGCGCUGUGGGGGAGGAGGGAGUUUUUCUGAGAGCACUAACGAUAACACAGGUCAAAUGUACAGGGAGAGCCUGUGGAGAUAA